UCUUUCGGAAGAAAUCCACUUCCUGUCCGCUCGCGCUGCAGUGUGUUAAACUUCCGGUUAACUGGAGCGACGAGGGCAGAUUUUGACAAAGUAAAAUACUCCUUUUUAGCGUUAUUCAGUUGAUAUCGUCGACCAGACAGCCAUGUCUAGUCGCGAAGCGCUCAACAUGAAGCUUCCUCCGAUCCAGUCCACGGCCGGAGCCGUGCCGGUCCGGAAUGAGAAAGGUGAGCUGUCCAUGGAGAAGGUGAAGGUGAAGAGGUAUGUGUCAGGUAAACGUCCUGACUAUGCCCCAAUGGAGUCGUCAGAUGAGGAGGAAGAGGACUUCCAGUUUGUGAAGAAGGGCAAAGAAAUGGAGCCAGAGGUGGAGCUGGAGGAAGAGGAAGUCUCAGAUCCACGUCUCAGACGUCUCCUCAACCGUGUCUCUGAGGACGUGGAGGAGAGGCUUGCGAGACACAGGCAGAUCGCAGAGCCUGAAGUCGUGGCUGAGAGCAGCGACGAGUCUGAGGAAGGCACCUGGCACCCAGAGCGAGAGGAGAGCAGCGAGGAGGAAGAGGAGGAAGAGGAAGAAGUGGAUGAUGAGGAAAUUGAGAGAAGACGAGCAAUGAUGAGGCAGCGAGCCAUUGAACGGAAGAAUGAGGAGAUGGAGGUCAUGGAGGUGGAGGAGGAAGGGAAGUCCGGGGAGGAGUCAGAGUCAGAGUCUGAAUAUGAAGAAUAUACAGACAGUGAGGAUGAAGCAGAGCCACGGCUCAAGCCCGUCUUCAUCCGCAAAAAGGACAGAAUCACUGUGGCGGAGCGAGAAGCAGAGGAGCAGAGGCAACGAGAGCUGGAGGCCGAAGCCAAGAGGCAGGCGGAGGAACGACGGCGCUACACCCUCAAGAUCGUGGAGGAGGAGGCUAAGAAGGAGUUUGAGGAGAACCGACGCACACUGGCUGCUCUGGACGCUUUGGACACCGACGGCGAGAACGAGGAGGAAGAAUACGAAGCCUGGAAAGUCCGAGAACUGAAACGCAUCAAGAGGGACAGAGAGGCCAGAGAAACCAUGGAAAGGGAGAAGGCAGAAAUCGAGAGAUUCCACAACUUGACGGAGGAGGAGCGCAGGGCCGAGCUCCGCAACAAUGGCAAAGUCAUCACCAACAAAGCCACCAAAGGCAAAUACAAGUUCCUCCAGAAGUACUACCACAGAGGAGCCUUCUUCAUGGAUUCUGAAGAGGAUGUGUACAAGAGGGAUUUCAGCGCACCAACUCUGGAGGAUCACUUCAAUAAAACCAUCUUGCCCAAAGUCAUGCAGGUCAAAAACUUUGGUCGCUCUGGACGCACCAAGUACACCCACCUGGUGGACCAGGACACCACGUCGUUCGACUCAGCCUGGGCCCAGGAGAGCGCUCAAAACAGCAAGUUCUUCAAGCAGAAGGCGGCAGGCGUGAGGGACGUGUUCGACCGGCCCACAGUGAAGAAGAGGAAGACUUGAGAUGAGUGAGGCUGUGAAACGGACUUCGCUGCAGCUUUAAAGACUGUGCUGCAUCCUGCUGAGUCCAGCGAUUCUCUUCCUGGACAUCAUGUUGUGGAAGAAAAAUAGACUGAUGAACUGUUUAUCUACCAGGAAGGUGCUGCGUCAUUUAAAAACCUGACCUUAUUUUGGCUCCUCAAACCCUUCGUUAAACCUGGGUCCUGUGUGUACAUGAUUCAUACGUACCAAAGGUUUUGGAACUGGUCCAGCAGAUCACCUCAUGUGGCUUCCAUGUAAUCCUUUGAGAUGACUCCUAUCGUCCAUCUUUAGAGGACGUGUCUUUGACGGUCGGAGUUGCUCCAAAGGAUUUCAUGGCAGCCACUGCAGCUGAGGUUCUCUGCUGGACCAAUUCCAAAACUUUGGUACACAUGAACCACAGACACACCAGCAUAUGUACACCCAGGACCCAGGUUUACAAAAAUCCCAGGAUUCUCCUUGAAGCUCCAGCUGGUUUUCACUUCUUUAAGCAGAAAGUCACAGUAACUUAUCAGUUUAAGGCAGAAGGUUGGAACGUCAUUUUGUACAAAUAACAUCCAGAUUAGAUUCUUGUAUUGAUUUCCUGCAUUAGCUUUUUUUUUGUCAUAUUUGUGAAAGUGCUGUAAACUUGAUUGGCUUGUGAAUAAAACUUUUCCUCCUUUUUAAAAA